CCGAGCUCGGCCGAGGCCUCCGCCGCUGCUGCGUUGCUUAACGGGCGGCUUCCGUCCGGCCCCCGCCGCCGCGUCAGGGGGCGGCCGCGCCGGCGGGCCGGGGGCGGGAGGCCGGGCGGGAGGAGCGGGCCGCGCCGGGAGGCGCUGCGCAGGGUGCCAGUGAGAGCGUGGGAAAGCACAUGCUUGAAGCAUGCAACAACAAUCUGGAGAUGGCUGUCACCAUGUUUCUGGAUGGUGGAGGCAUAGCAGAGGAGCCUAGCACCAGUUCUGCAGCGGUGUCUGCUGUUCGACCGCACACUGAGGAUGAAGUACGAGCUCCAAUUCCUCAAAAACAAGAAAUUUUAGUAGAGCCUGAGCCCUUGUUUGGAGCUCCUAAAAGACGCCGACCUGCGCGCUCAAUAUUUGAUGGCUUUCGGGAUUUUCAAACAGAAACCAUUCGACAGGAACAGGAGCUACGAAAUGGAGGGGCAGUAGAUAAGAAACUCACUACGCUAGCAGACCUCUUCAGGCCUCCCAUUGAUCUGAUGCACAAAGGCAGCUUUGAAACGGCCAAGGAGUGUGGUCAGAUGCAGAACAAAUGGCUCAUGAUAAACAUUCAGAACGUGCAAGAUUUUGCCUGUCAGUGUCUCAACCGUGAUGUCUGGAGCAACGAGGCUGUGAAGAACAUAAUCCGGGAACAUUUCAUUUUUUGGCAGGUAUACCAUGACAGUGAGGAAGGACAGAGGUACAUACAGUUUUAUAAAUUAGCAGACUUCCCUUAUGUCUCCAUUCUGGAUCCCAGAACAGGCCAGAAACUAGUGGAGUGGCACCAGCUAGAUGUGACUUCUUUUUUGGACCAAGUGACUGGGUUCCUGAGUGAGCAUGGACAGCUGGAUGGCCAUUCUACUAGCCCUCCCCAAAAAUGCUCUCGUUCAGAGAGUCUCAUUGAUGCCAGUGAGGACAGCCAGUUGGAAGCCGCUAUCAGAGCCUCCUUACAGGAGACGCAUUUUGAUUCAUCACAGGCCAAGCAGGAGAGUCGGUCAGACGAGGAGUCCGAGUCGGAGCUUUUUUCUGGAAGCGAAGAGUUUAUUUCCGUUUGCGGAUCUGAGGAGGAGGAGGAAUCGGAGAAUCCUGCCAAGUUGAGGAAGUCUCCGCACAAGGACUUGGGGUAUAAAAAAGAGGAGAGCCGGAGGCCUCAGCCUGAGCCCCCUGCAAGGACUGAGCCCGGGACAACAUCAAAUCACAGAGUACUGCCCUGUAUUGAUGCAGGGACACUGGAGGAGUCAACUGACAAGCCUGAAAGUACGUUUCAGGGCCUAGAUGUGAAUGGACCAAAGGCACAGCUGAUGCUAAGGUAUCCAGAUGGAAAGAGGGAACAAAUUUCACUGCCUGAACAAGCUAAACUUCUGGCGCUUGUGAAACAUGUCCAGUCAAAAGGAUACCCCAACGAACGCUUUGAACUUCUCACCAACUUCCCUCGAAGGAAACUCUCCCACCUGGACUAUGAGAUCACAUUACAGGAGGCAGGCCUGUGUCCUCAAGAGACUGUCUUUGUGCAGGAAAGGAAUUAGCACCGUGGCCUGAGUUCUCCCAGCCUUCCUCCCCUCUCCUCUUUGCCUGGGACACCAACUCAUUAAAUAUGCAGUUGAGGGUCAUAGGAUUGCAGUGCUGAAAUCAAGCAGGCAGCUGGCUGGCCCUUCUCUCUCUUCUUCCCUUCUCCUGCUCUAGUGACCAAAUGAGAGCGUUCAGAGUUUUAUUUUCUUCCUCAGCCUGCUGAGAGCAUUGGGAAGAACAUCUUUCCUUUGUUUUCACGAAGUAAAACGGUGGUCUGCAUUUCCAGUAUGCUGGGGCUUGGAGUGGCCAUAAUACAUGUACCCUUCUCGCUGCUAUUCUUAAAUCUGUUUUGUUUAAUUUAUUUUUAGAAUAGUGUGUGAUAAGGCACUAAGUCAUCUCUCUGUAAGGAGAGAGUGUAAUCUUCAGUACAGUCUUUCCUUUGUUUUGAUUCUCUUCACGAAAGGUCUCCAUUAACCUUACGGCCCUUCUUAAGGGUUCCCUUACCUAGCGCUCUGUGAAAACUUGGGGUUUUGGGAAGGAAUUGGGUUGAGCUAUGGCGAGAUACUUUGCCUCCAUUUAAUUUAAAGGCUUCUAGAUUGCAUGCAUGUUUUCCUCCUGCUUUAAAUGCCACCAGUGGACAUAGUAGGAAAAAACCCCAAACAAACAGGGAAAAAAAACCCCAAAACAACUAUACUCUAUAUGGGAUUGACUGCUUGGCCAAGGGGGAAAGCUGCGUGUCCACUGUUGGAGCAGAACUGACUCCUUGGUAGAAGUAGGUGGGGUUUCCAUUUGUUCUCUCCCAACAUCCCCUGAGUGUCUCCUUUUUACUUGCUCUCAGGAUUUUGCAAAUGAUGAUAGAAGUUGGCAGGAUACUCUAAAGAUCUUGGACUCUCUGGAAAACACCUGCCAUAAAAACUUGACAGUUAGUUGGCUUUUUUCUUCGCGUGGUGUUUUGUUUUGUUUUCCCCGGGAGUGACUAUCUUGCAGGGGUUUUAGAGCACUGACUGCAGUUGAGCAGGACAGCAAGUCCUAGGCAGGUUUUCUUUCGUUAAAAACAUACACAGCCUUGUCAAACUGUGGAAUGAAUUAAUGCUCUAUAAAAGACUUCGCAGCCUGGUGGCUUGAAUGCUCCAGGCUACUUUUUAUUCUAUUUUCAUUUUCAUCUACUGUCACCUCUAAAUCUAGAAGGCUGUAUAGAAUGCCACUCCUUUAGUUAGGCUUUUUCUUCAGCUCUGGGAGCUGGCACCAGAAGUCAUGCUGGCAUAUCCUGUGCGUGCAGUGCGCCCUCUUUUUCCAGUGUCUUCUCUAGACGUUGAGCUGUUGAUCAAUAGGUGUUACAGUAGGUAUUACAGUGGGAUAAAAGUUACCUAACACAGCCUAACAUCAAGGUGGGUGUUAAAUUUGUGUAUUUACAACUAAGAGCUCAGUUUAGCCUGUUCUUCAUCAGUGAGGAAAAGGCAUGUGAGACCUACCAUAACUGCCAGCUUUUUCUGCAACUGUCAGACGAUUAUACUUGUCAAAGAAAAUUGACAGAAAUUUCUUGUCAGAAAUUUACCAUAGUCUAAAACUUUUCAAGGUGUUUUGCCUUUAAUUUCAUACUAGCCUGCAUAUUUUGGAGUCUUUAAAUGUAGGAAAUCACAGAAAAUGUCUUGCAUUCCCAUGAUAAUAUUAGCUCACAACAGUCUUCUGCUUGUAAUUGAGGUUUUACGUCUAAUCACGAUUGGUUUUUGUUCCACAAAAACUAUUUUGUGUUCUACUGCAAGAUGCAGUAUCGGGAAAGCCAAAUCUGGUCGCAGUUUCCUGACCAACAGUUGAUGUGACAUCAGAUGUCAUUUUUGGUUUGUAAAGAGACUCUGUCAUGGCAGCUGCUUCCCAGCACUGGAGAGUGAAUCGCAAGGCCGGCAGAGGAGCGAGGGCUGUUGGCGUUUGGCCUGUGGGGCAGCACUAGAUUGAAGGAUCUUUUGUGUUUCUCAGAAAUCCAAAUCAUAAUUCAGACUUGGGCGUACAAGAGAGUGAGGCAGAGGGAAACCCUUCCCAUGUGGGUCUCGUGCUUCCCUGAGUAGCUUCAGCUGUCUAGUUGAAACAACUCAAUCUGGCACUCAUUGCCUUCAAACUCUUCUGUGGUUAGCCACAACAAAAUUAAGGCGGGCUUCCAACAGGAUGCAGUAUCCAGCACGUGUGUAGAUAGUCCUUUCGUCUCCCUGGGGCAGGCUGGAUGGGAGUGUGUUGACCUUUCCUGCUCUCCUGCCAGUAUAAAGCAGGGAACCAUUGUGGCUUGUGGUUCCGCUUUUUUUGAGUUGUCGGUGGUUGGCAGUGUGUGCUGGUGGAGGGCCAACUCAUUUGGACGGGCUUGGGUUUGUAUCCGCUCAGGGAACAUUGUUCCACAUCAACUUUUCUAGCAGUUAAGUUAACCAUACAAAAUUGACUCUGCCUUUUCAACCCUAGGUCUGUUUUAUUGGUAGCUUCUCUUUUUUCACCUCCCCGGUUGUGCUCGCGUACGUGGGGCUAGGCUGUGAUAUGUCAAAGUUAUUUUAUAUCAGAUUGCUAUCAGCUAUAUCAGCAGUGGGGAAGAGGGGAAACUGAAUUUUAGGCAAGAGCAUGAACUUCUUCCAUCAGUUCUGCUGCUGGAGAGCUUGUGCAUUGCGUGGUCCCGUACUCCGAACCUUCUUUCUUACCCUCUCUUUCAGAGCUAAGCGUGUGAGCCGCAGGGCAACGGGCAGCUGACAGCUUGCUUGCUUCUCCACUCAGCUGUAAGGAAAGGAGUAACCUUAUGCUCAUCACCUUGCUAUCAAAACCAAAACUGGGAACCCCAGGUUAGCUCUUCAUUGCUUUUGUUAUGCCAAGAGCAGCUCAGUCACCUCUCUUGCGAGGAAGCAAAUGUUGCGCUUGGCUGCUGCAAGUUUAUUUUUAAACCAUCAAGAAACCUGCCUCUCGAGCACGGUAAUUGGUUUUGUCUGCUGGCGUAGUGGGACCAGGAGUGCUUAUGCUCUCACUUAAUUUUUUCUUUCUUGGUUUUAUUUAGAUAAAUAUGAAUAUUUAUAACCUAAGAGGGAAAGAAGAAUGUGAAAUUGAAGAUUUACAUUGACAAUGGGAUUUUUCUUCUGUCUUGCAGUUCCUAGUUUCUUCUGUUCCAAGAAGUUAUGAGCCUGUUUGUUUUGUUUCUCUUUGUUUUUUCUUUCACUUUUCUUUUGCUUUGGUCUGUGAGCAGGAGGCAGAGAAAAGAAAAAUCUAAGAAAAUUGCAUGUGGCUGUCUUCUCCCUUCAUUCCACUCCUCUCUUUCCCCUUUCUUCCCAACCCAAAUAAAACCAGUGCUGCGGCACACGUGUCAAUCAGCUGUGCUGUGGUGGCUGAAAGCCGUUAUGAAAUGGCCCCAACCAGGAUACAACCUCUUCAGAUCUUCAUUCAUGUCGAAGCCCUUUGGAGUUUGGAGGAACAUGGCUGAAAAUAUUAACCAAGUUAUGCCCACGACAGCUUGCAGCAGUGAAGGUGUAAGCUAGUUGGGCUCUAAUUUUAAAGAGCCUUUGUCACAAUUGCUUCUAGAUGUUAAAUCUGAAGUUCAAAUUGCUUCUGAGAAGGUUGGGAAAAAAAGCCUUAAAUCUGAUUGCAAAAUAAGAUGUUGAAAUAUGAAGGACAAAGGGGGAAAAAAAAAAUCCUUCAAAGGCUGUGGUUUGUGGCUUCUUGUGAGCGUUGCUUGGCCAUAAUUUGCGUGUUGUGUUGCAAGAACUGCCAUGAGUUUGGAGGGGCAGAAAUGCAUGUAGGCAGUGGCAGUCUUUCUGGUUAGAGAACUAAACAGAGCUAAUGUGUUUCGAGCUGUAGCUUCUUGCUGCUUGUGGAGAAGUUUCCUUUGCAUGUGUUCUUCAUCUAGCAGUACUUUAACAUUUAAUGUCUAAUUGCAGCUAAUAGUCAUGGUCACAACCAGUGCUCAGAAACAGAAGGCAAAAUGAGUGCUGGCUCUCCCUGCCAGCUGCUGUUGACACAUUUACUGUUGACUUCCCACUUGUGAUCCUUCAGAGAUCCAGAGAAGGAUUUCAGGUCUUCCUGAUGAUAUGUGCUCUAAAUCAAGCUGACUGACCAGCUUCAACCUCCCUACUGACACAAGAAGGGCAGAUAAAGACCAUGCCGAACACUUCUGGGCAUACUUGUGUUAUUUUCGUUAGGCUUUGAAUUAAGGUCUGCGAUUUUUACAUUUCUGGAGUCAGAUAAGUCAACAACAUCAAUGUUAAAAGAACGUGCAUGUAUGUGCGUAAUGGCCUCAUAAAAUAUAGUUGUCUGUAGAAAGGCACCCAAAGGUACCAUUGUUCCUAAGCAGAUUUAAACAGCGAUUUUGCAUCGGCAUACUUUCCAGAGCUCACUAGAUCUGCUGCCUUGCUAUUGCAGGAGAGUAACACCUCUCACGUGUAAAGCACGUCUGUUGUUCGCCACUGCAAAGAGCUUGCAUUUCACGUGGUCUGCCACUUUCACAGAUGCAUUUUUUUUUAAGACUACCAAAUUUAUAUACUCAUCUGCACCAGCUUAUACCAGCUUCCACUUUUACUGGUGCUAUGGUUUGUACCCUUGCAGAAAACUGGCAGCUGGUUUUAGUACAUGUUUUAAUAAAUAAACCUCACUGCUGAAGGGCUUGAUUUCUCAAAUACACUUUUUAGAAAACUUCCGCGUAAUGGCGUGCUUCGCUAUUUGAUACACCUUCGGACUAUUAAACUUUUUCAUUAAGUAUACUUGAGUUCUUGAUGGCUAAGUGGAAAAAUUUCUUGAAAGAACUAGAAAGAAAAGCCAAUGUCCUCAAGAAUUAAGUGUCUUGUCUCUGUGCAGGAGGUCUGCCCUGUAGCUGAGGGCACGGCGCGCGGUUUGCAGCUUGUGUGGGCAGCUAAUGACACUACAUCUGAGAAUGUGCUUCUUGCUUCUGGGAGGAGCUGGGAUGCUGAAUCCUGGCUUUUUCAGUCCGAUCUUAUCAGAGCACUGAGCUUGUUCGCAGGGAUUGAAGAGCAAUAAGGGCUAAACUAAAAGGAAUUUUCUUUUGGGGGUAAGGCAUCACUUGGGCUGUGUUUCAUCAGGUACCAGAUGCUGUGGAGGUGCAUAAAUUGUGGUGUUUGUGGGGCUUUUUUCUGAACUACGUGAAGAAACAGAUAACGCAAGACCUGCGUGGGAACAUCUGUGUGAAUGGGAAGACACGUGUCAUUUCAGGCACUUAUCACUUAAUUCUUGUUCCUUCUUAGUUUUUAGUAAACUUCUCUGCUUUCUUCUUGUUUAAUCCCUUUUUAGCCAAGUUAGUGAGAAAUAGGUAGUCCUGUAUUCCACGAGGAAGAGGAGGGGUAGCAGAGAUGUGUUUUAGCUGGAUGAAGUCCCAUAAAGACUGGGUGUGCCUUGUCUAGCCGUUUUAAUAAUUUGAAUGCAGCCUCUCCUCUCCCUCAUCCUUUCUACUUAUUUAUUGUAACAGAAAUGAUUUUCUAUAAAAUGCAACAGCUACUGUUUUAAAGUCAAAGCAAAACUGAUGUUUUGCACCCUGUAUCAGCUAUCUACGUUGUUGGCAAUACCCGCAGUCGCACAUUUGGAGUUGACCUGAACGCGUUUGACGACCGGCUGUUGAGGUCUAUGAGUUGACGUUCUGUAAAGACAGUCUGGUUGAGGAUUUUUCUGUCCAGUCCCCAGAUUUUACCAUGGUUUGGUCAUACGUUGCUCCUGAACUGGUGAGGUUAAUGGAUAUCCUUUCUGUGAUGUUGUACAGGAUGACUCCUACUCCAGUCUCCUCUUGUCCGUGAGAUGCUUAGUGUCUGUCCACUCCCAAUAAAUAUAGCCAUAUGUAUAUACACACACACACACGCGUGUUUUUAAUCAGAGAAUGCGGCACUUAAUAUUGGUGCCUCAACGUGCCUCAGUUUUAUCUUCUGUUGUUUUACAUGGGUGUAUUAUGAGUGAGUGCAGAAGUUCGGGAUUUGGUCACUGUCUUUAAUUACUGUGAGUGUCUGCAGUACAGAGAAAAGUCAAUUUGUAACUGCUUGUUAAAUGGUGCUGAGACUGUGAGGUAUAGAAGGAUAAAUAGUAAAAGUACAUGGAGCAGGGGGGCGAGGUGCUAUUUUAUAGAACAGAUUUACGAAGAACAUCUGGGUGAAACUUUACUCAGAGAUGUGGUGCCUCACCAGAGACACCAGACUAUGGGAUAGAUGAUUUUUAAAAAUGAGGCUCUUUCCUUUUACAGUUUCAAAAUUAUGACUUUGCCUGUCGGUUUUUACGGUAGUCGUCGCUUUCUUCUUCAAUGAUGGCGACUUCAUGUGGGAGGAGGGAGAGGAUUAAUUCAGAAGAUUUCAGCUCACUGUGCUGGGAGGGACCAAACUCAAGGAAACCUCUGAUCUAUAUACACAACUGCUGCAUUUUUUUAUAAAUAUAUGUAAAUGUCCUAUUGUAAUAUUUGAUCCUGGAAAUAAAACAAACUGUUUUCAGUA